AACUUUUUUCCAUAAUUUAUUAAAUAUGGCAACUGUCGUUAACUAUUGUCAGAGAAACUGACGCUUCCGGUCUUUUUAUUUCUCCGUGGCAUGGCGGAUGGUCUUUACCACCGCCGAUAGUGUUUUUUAGGAGGAGUAACCUCGCUUUUAUAGCGAAAUGAGUCUAUCAGUAGCCCGACCGUUGGUGUCGGUGUAUUCAGAGAAGAGCGAGAAGGUGGCGGACGUGUCUGUGCCGCUGCCGUUCGUGUUCAAGGCGCCCAUCCGCCCCGACCUGGUCAACGAUGUCCACGUGUCAAUGUCCAAGAACUCGCGCCAGGCCUACUGCGUGAACAAGGAGGCUGGCCAUCAGACGAGUGCCGAGUCAUGGGGUACCGGUCGUGCCGUGGCGCGUAUCCCGCGUGUCCGAGGUGGUGGUACCCACAGGUCGGGCCAGGGUGCGUUCGGCAACAUGUGUCGCGGUGGUCGCAUGUUCGCGCCCACCAAGCCGUGGCGGCGCUGGCACCGUCGGGUCAACCUGCGCCAGCGCCGAGCUGCCGCCGCCGCCGCCGUCGCCGCCGCCGGAGUGCCAGCGCUGGUGCAGGCGAGAGGUCACAUAAUUGAGAAGAUCCCAGAACUGCCCCUGGUUGUGUCGGACAAGGUGCAGGAGAUCAACAAGACUAAACAAGCCGUCAUCUUCCUGAGGCGCGUCAAGGCUUGGUCCGAUGUGCUCAAGGUGUACAAAUCGCAGCGCCUGCGCGCCGGCAAGGGCAAGAUGCGCAACCGUCGGCGCGUGCAGCGCAAGGGCCCGCUCAUAGUCUUCAACAAGGACCAGGGUCUGACCCGCGCCUUCCGCAACAUCCCCGGCGUGGAGAUGCUCAGUGUCAACAAACUGAACCUGCUGAAGCUUGCGCCGGGCGGUCACGUUGGUCGCUUCGUCAUCUGGACACAAUCUGCCUUCGAGAGGCUGGAUUCUCUAUUUGGUUCAUGGAAGACACCCUCGAAGGAGAAGAAGAACUUCAACCUGCCCCAACCCAAGAUGGCCAAUACCGACCUGAGCAGGUUGCUCAAAUCUGACGAGAUCAGGAAGGUCCUCAGGAAACCCAAUAAGAAGGUAGUCCGCGCUACACGCAAACUCAACCCGCUGGUGAACUCCAAGGCGAUGUUGCGUCUCAACCCAUACGCGGCGGUGAUGAAGAGGAAAGCCGUGCUCGACCAGCAGAGGAAGAACAACUCGAGGGCGCUUGCUGUGGCGGAGAAGCGUGGAAUCAAACUACCUGACUCCGACCCAGCGGUCAGAGCUCAGAAACUGCGGGAAAAGAGGUCCAAGUCCAUCCAGUUGGCGUAUUCGAAGAAACCCAAGAAACCCGUGACAAAGAAAACUCCACCACCACCCCCAAAAAAGAAGAAGGAAGAAAAAACCAAGGGCAAAGCUAAACCCACUGCUGAGCCUAAAGCUAAAGCUGAGCCUAAAGCAAAGGCUGAGCCUAAAAAGUGAACUAAAUAAAAGUUUAUAGAAAUA